AUGAAGAAAACUACAGUUCUCCAGGUGUGUGUGGCGUGUGUGCUCGGCUCGCUGCGGGCCGUGGUCGCGUCCGCUGUGGACUGUCCAGAUCCAGAAACUGGAGGAACAUCCUGUACCAUCUCACUGGAGAAGCUUCUGGACCGAGCCGUCCAACACGCAGAGCUCAUCUACCGCGUCUCACAGGAGUCCAAGUUGCUGUUUGAGGAGAUGCUGGAUUCAUUCGGAGGUGUGCAUCUGCACGUUCCCAGCGGGACCAUGUGUGCUCCAAAAACAGUGUCGAUGUCUAAGAGUGAAAUCCAGCAGAUAUCUGAUAAAUGGAUCCUUCACUCACUCCUGAUCCUGAUCCAGUUCUGGACGGGUCCACUGGCCGAUCUGCAGGCGUCUCUUGAGAAUUAUGGGAACGCCUCAAGUGCCCUGCUUAGCAGGAGCCAAUGGAUGUCGAGCAAACUAAUGAGUCUGGAGCAGGGGGUUCUGGUUCUUGUUAGACAGAUCCUGGGCGACGGGAGUUUGCUGUUGGAGGCUCCUGAUGAGACGUCCAAUCACGUCGUCUCCUCCGAUGUGGAGUCUCUUAGGAGAGGCUACAACGCGCUCGUCUGCUUCAGGAGAGAUGCCCACAAGAUAGAGACUUUCCUCAAACUCCUGAAGUGCCGCCAGAUCGAUAAAGAGAAUUGCUCCUUUUUCUAAACUAAACUUCUUGGCUUCUUCUGCCAGAUUAUU